CCCGAAUCGCACAGACCGUCAGCAGGCCGUAGAUGGCGCUCGAAGCUGCUCAGCGUCCUGCCAUGCUCAGUCAGCAGCUGCACCAGCGCACCCUCUACCGUGGACGCUCACGUGCACCGUCGGACGCAUACGGGCCCCGGGGUCCGCCCUGCGCGCGGGAGGUCUUCCCGCUUGCUUUCCGUGGUGCGCCGCGAACACUCGCGUCCUCCCCCUCCGCGCUUCCCGCGCAGCGUCACCUGCUUCGCCGUCCACGCUGGUCGCAUAUGUUCAUGGUUGUCAUCUAAUCGCAGGCGCGCGCCCACGAGCCCCCGCCGUGCACACCCCGGACCGCCUCGUGCACGCCAGCCUCCCUGGAUGGUCCCAGAUAGGGAUGGCCCGCCCGUGCAGUCAAGGUAUCGAUGUUGUUGCCCUCCGGCUGUGGUCCGCGUAGAGCUGUACAGUCAUGGAAGGUGAUUGUCCUAGAUUGAAGCGUCUUGUAUCCGAUUGAAGCGUCUGCGAUGCCGCCAUCUAGCAGGGAUCAUCAGGCCCAUCUACCGCUGAAACCGCGCUUCACCGAGAAACGAGGCGUGUCGAGGAGAAGAGAAGCGUCCAUAGAGUAAGUGGGCAACCUGCGAUCGUACAUUCACUGUUCGCCAGAGAGCAUAAGUGA